CUUAGCAACGCGUUUGUUUAUGGGUCUCCCUCGUUCCAGUAAGUCGAUUAAACCAUCUCGCUAAAUCGAUUUAAAGAGGUGAUGCACAAUGAAUCAAGUUGAGCUUCUGUCGGACCGAGUUGCAGCUGUUCAGCUCGACAGAAGGAGAAACAGGGAGCUGCAGCGCCGAGAGAGGAUCUUCGAUGAUAAAGUCCGCACCAUUGGAGUUGAUAAAGAUGCUCUCGACCACCAAGUUGAAGAAUUACGAGAUAAAGACCAACGCCAAGCCAAUGCGUUUCAAAUCUAUGCCGAAGAGCUGCUGUGCAGUGAUCGUGUAGCAUGUGUCCUGGAGCAGCGGCAAAAGAAAGAUGAGCGUCUGUUGAAUGAAGCCAUUGUGCAGUUCAGACAACACUUUCAACAACCUGCCAGCCGGCGCGAGUUUGAUCUAAACGACCCAGAGCGGCUGAAGAAGCAGGAAGGGGUGCGGAUCCUGCCGGGGCUGACUGGAGAAGAUCUGGCCCAGAGGGACAGACUGAGGAAGCAGCAGGAGCAGCUCAGAGCAUGGACCCUACAGCAGCAAGACGAGCUAGAGCGAGCUAAACAACAGCUACAACAAGAAAUGAACCAGUAUGAUCAAAGCAGACUGGCUCUAGACAGCCGAGCUCUUGAAUUGCAGAAGAUGGAGGAACAAAGCAAAAAAGCUGCAGCCAUCGCCACCAAAGAUUUUAACCUUGCACUGGCUGCAGAAAUCACAAAUCGCCGGCAACAGGAGCAUCAUGAAGAGGAGGAAAACAACCAGACGGACAUCCUGAACCAGCUAAAUGGAGACCUGCUGAUGGAAAAUCCUGAGCAGAAUAUUAGCGUGCUGGGUCAGUCUCGCCUGCGCAGGGACUAUUACAAGGGAAUGAGUCCUAAAGAGCUCCAGCAAUACACACAAUACCAGCAGCAGCAAGCAGAAGCCAGGAAGCGUGCGGUCAUGGAGCAACGAGAGAAGGAGCUCCAGGAGCAUCACGAGCGCAUGACAUCGGCCCGUGCUGCACUGCUGCUAGAAAGACAGCACGCACGCGUUAAUAAGGAGCUGCGCAGGGCAAAGGACAACACCAACACACUGCUGGCUCAGGCCCGUGAUGCUCAGAAGAAACAUCUUCAAGAUAUGUACACAAAUAUUCCAGACGAGCGCUAUUUUUCGCAGUUUAAUACCAGCAGUAGAUAAAUAUUACAGAGGGAACCUGAAAGAUGAACACCAUCAGGGCUCAGUAAUCGAGGACAGCACACUGUAUCAUUUUACAGUAAACCUUGGCUUUAAAUAGACAGAAGACUCCACUUGAAGUGUUUUGGAAAGCUGUGCAAUUUUUAAUAGGUCAGUAAAGAUGGAGAAUGUCACAUUUAUGUUGUAAAAAAAAAUAAGUUGCAUAUUCAACUCGGGUAACUUAAGUCAGCCCAAAAAACGUUGUUAAAGUAAAAAUGUACUUUUAAAAACUUCAAAGGAAUAGGACACCCAAAUACGAAAAUGUGAAAAAAAAAACAAUGAAAAAUUAAAAUGAGUUUGCUUCUUCAUUGGAACAGGCUUGGUUUAGCAUUACCUUAUUUCGCGCACUAUAAAGCGCACCAGAUUAUAAGGCGCACCUUCAAUAAAUGGUCUAUUUUAGAUCCGUUUUCAUAUAUAGGGUGCCCCGGAUUAUAAAACGAAUAGAAUAGAACAUACUGCAGUCAAACGUUGGACUGGGUUUGCGUUAAGCAUCCACUAGAUGGAGCUGUGCUAAAGGGAAUGUCAACAUUUUGACAAGAGCGCCUUGAUCCAUAUAUAUAAGGCGCUCCGGAUUAUAAAACGCACCGUCGUUUUUUGAGAAAAUUAAAGGCUUUUAAGUGCGCCUUAUAGUGCGGAAAAUACGGUAAAUCACUUGCGCAUCAGUGGAUCCACUGCAGUGAAUGGGUGCUGUCAGAAUAGGAGUCCAAACAGCUGAUAAAAACAUCCCCCAUAAUCCACAACUCAAAGUCCAGUCCAUCGGUUAAUGUCUUGUGAAGUAUUAAAUAUAUAAUCCAUGAUAACACCGGUUUAUCCCCCUUUUGUCUCCUUACAUCAAAAUAUUAAGCAAUAUUAUAGAUGAAAAACACUAUUUUAACUGCAAGAGACAGUUAAAAACGUUGUAUAUUUUUGUUUUUGU